AUGCUUUGGACGUCGCUCUUCCUUGCGGCUCUGGCCGAGGCGGCCCCCAAGGCCAGCCCCAACCCCCAGUUCGGUGGCCCUGGCGGUCUGACCAUGCUUCGAUUCGGCUGCACCCAGCUCGUCAUCGACCGCAUCGACCCCCUUGUCAACCCCGGCCAGAUCCCCUCGCCUCACAUCCACCAAAUUAUUGGUGGUAACGCCUUCAACGCCACCAUGCCCACCGACGAUAUCGCCCAGCACUCCACCUGCACAACGUGCUCCUUCGCGGACGAUUUCUCCAACUACUGGACCGCCAACCUCUACUUCAAGGCCCGCAACGGGUCCUACAAGCGUGUCCCCCAGUUCUCUGCCCCAUUGCAGUUCAACGACAGGUUCUCAACCCAGAUCAACGGCGGUAUUUUGAUCUACUACGUUUCGGCCCAGCCCGGCCGCAUCACGGCCUUCAAACCCGGCUUCCGCAUGCUCGUCGGUGACCCCAACGUCCGCUCCCGCCCCGACCAGAAGCUCCGUCGUCAAAACUGCUUCAGAUGCUACUCCGGCCCCAACCACCAGGGUGAUGUUGGUGCUCCUUGCAUGGACAACAACUAUGACACCGAGGCUUUCCCCACCAAGCCCUGCCCCGGUGGCAUCCGCUCCAACAUCCACUUCCCCACCUGCUGGGAUGCCUACCCCACCUCCGGCCCAGCCGACUUCCUCUCCCUCGGCGGCAACUGCCCCGCCUCCCACCCCGUCCGCAUCCCCCAGCUCAUGUACGAGGUCUUCUGGGACACCUCCAAGUUCGCCAACCGCGCCGACUGGCCCGCCGACGGCUCCCAGCCCUUCGUCCUCUCCACCGGCGACCCUACCGGUCUCGGCCAGCACGCCGAUUACGUCUUUGGCUGGAAGGACGACAGCUUGCAGAGGGCGAUGGACACCUCUGGCUGCUUCGGCGCCAGCUGCGCCAACUUGAGGACGCAGAGCUUGGACAACGCUAGACGGUGCGCCGUCAAGCCGAACGCGAAGGAGGAUUAUGACAGCUGUGAGUUUGGCCCUGGUUGA